AUGAAACAAUCGAAAUUAUUUGAUCAUCAUGUUUCUAAAUCAUCAAAAAUUGAAUUAAGUUUAUUUGAAAAUACAUUAAAUUUAUCUAAUAAUGAUUAUGGAUUGAUUUUAUAUCCUAAUAAGAAAACAUUCCGACAAUAUAUUCUUCCACAAUUACAGAACAACCAAAAUACCAAUUCCACCACCACCACCACCACCACCACCACAUUGGUAAUAUCAUGUAUGGAUAAUGAAUUAUUAAGAAAUAAUUUUAUAAAUAACCUUUCUUGUGACAAUUUCCCUCAAUUGAUUAAAAUCUUACAAGAUUUAUAUAAUUGUAAUGAAAAAUCAAUUCAUAAUACAGGUACCAAUAAACUUCUGGUGUUGGAUAAACAUAUUAAUUUUAUAUUGAUCCAUAAUAUAUCAUCAUUCUUUUAUGAUCUUCAAAUAGUGGAUCAAUAUAAUUAUCAAUCUCUUGGAUUUGAUCAAUUUAACCAACAAGAGAAGGACCUACCACCAACAGAUCAAAAUAAUAAACACCCAUACCACCACCACCACCACCACCACCACAACAACAACAACAACAACAAUAGGAGUGAUGUUGAUGAAGAUUAUGAUUCUAAUAAAACCAAUAGAUAUUAUAAUUUAUUAUUAACUUUAGUGAGGAAAAUCAAUUGUAAAUAUAAUUGUUUGGUGAUUUUAACAUCAUAUGAUAUUGAAUUUGAUUGUGGAUUAGUAGGGACAUAUUUAUAUAAUCCUCAUAAUGAAUUACAAAGAUAUACAAAAUUACCUAUUCCAUUUAUUACAAAAUUCACUUCAACUAUACAUAUUAGUAAUGAUGCUAAUGUAAUACAUGUUUUAAAUAAUCCUACUGGUCCUACUGGUACUGAUAAAACAGAACAAAAUAAACAGAAACACCUUGCAAUUCCUAAAUGGCAAGUAAUUUCAAAAAAUUUAUAA